UACAGUUCACACUUUUCCCCCAGGACACGUAAUGACACGUGGCGAUUUUAGAUUAGCGCUCACAGUUUUUGCAAAUAUCUACCUACAGUCGAAACUGCUCGCUUGCUCCGAGGGGAAGAAAAUGGAGCUCCCGCCGAUUUCCUGCAUCAGUAUUCUCCUGCUUGGUGUGAUCAGUCUCUCUUUCACUUCGCACGCUGUUGCUUCUGAUCACUGCAAAGCAUGGCUGGUCCAAUCCAUCCCCACCGACAUGCCGCUUCUCUCCCGCGUCCCCGGCGUCCUCUCCACCGCGGAUGUUUUUCGGUGGCUGGCUGGGAACUCUUCGCAGAGUCUCGACAUAAUUGCACAGUACUGGCAGUUAAAAGCACAUCCUGAUGAUCCUCGAUCAGGGGAUUAUGGAUACUCUAGAUCUAAAAUGCAGAAAUUUGGAGCUCAAGAAGGCUUUGAUGUUCACAAAGCCAUCACUGAUGCUGCAGAUCGCAAUGUUAGUGUCAGGUUAUUGCAGCACUCUGGAGUAUAUCCUGAUUAUGCCAAAGAGCCGUCUGAAAUUGCUUCUAGAAGGACUAAUGUGAAAAGUGUAACUUUAUUGCUUAGUAAAUGGUGGGGAUCUGGUAUAGUCCAUGCAAAGAUUUGGUUAUCAGAUUUUCGACACGUUUACAUUGGAUCUGCAAACAACGACUGGAAAUCUCUCACACAGGUGAAAGAAGUUGGAAUUUAUCUUGUUGAUUGCCCAAUAGUAGCAAAAGCAGUUGCGGUCUACUACGACAACCUAUGGAAACUUGCAUCUCUAAAUGUUACAGCUUACACAAGAGCAGUAUGGGAUCAGCAGUGGCAAAUCAGUAGAAAAGUUCCUUGCUGGUCACAUUUCGUCCAUUUGAAGGAAAGAUGCAGGUCACCCCUUCCUCAUUUCAUGAAAAUUCCCCAUGUCACUGGUUAUCCAGAACUCUCUGACCCUGCUAUGUUUCAAAUGCCGAUUGAGACUCCUGGACAAAACUGCUCAACUUUGCAGCCUCUAGCCAGUUAUCUCUCUUUUGCUCCUCCAGAGCUGUUGUUUGGCAAGUAUCAGUCUGAUGAACAGGCAUGGGUGGAUACAAUUAAAUCUGUAGGAAGUGGAGCCACUGUUAGAAUUAGUACUAUGGACUGGCUUGGGCAAUCCCAGUACACGAAGAAAACAGUUUAUUGGCCAUCCAUGUCCUCUGCAGUAUCAGAGGUUAUCUUCUCCAAGCAUGCAACGGUUAAGAUACUAGUAGCAUACUGGGCACAUUUUAUCAACAACACAGAUCAGUAUCUGAAGUCCCUUCUCUACUCCAAUGUUCUCUGUUCUUCAUCGAAGUACAAUAAGUGUUCUGGCAAAGUCGAGAUUAAAUAUUAUAAGGUACCAGGGUUUGACUUAACUGGACCCGCCAUUCACAAGGGAAGAAGAACUGGCAACAUUUUCCCUGGUUAUACCAGGGUCAACCAUGGAAAAUAUGCAGUCAGUGAUGUGCGAGCCCAUAUUGGUACUAGCAAUCUUAUAUGGGAUUAUUUCUAUACAACAGCUGGUGUAGGUUUUGGGACAUACAACCCAGCUAUUGUUGCACAGCUUCAAGAAAUCUUUGAUGCUGAUUGGAAUUCGCCAUAUGCUGUUCCAGUUGAACCGUUGCAGGAAGGUCGCCAUUAUUCUGCCCGCUAAGUGCUUGGGUUUGUCGCAUAUCAGCUAUGGGGAUGGCAUGUGCAGGGGAUGAAGGUUAACAUUCUGGAUGGAUGUUUGUGAUUUAGUUGUAGCUGAUUUGAAUUAAUUCUCUUUUGAAUGCAAAGUUCAAUGUCAAGAAAAACUUUCACGAAUACAAGCUUUGGAAGGUGUACUCAACAAUUCAUGUGAUUAUUGAUUUAAUAUAGCCAAGAGGCAGAGAAAGGUAUAUUAUUCAAGAGAGAAAAA